CAACGAAUAUUUUAUAGCGGCGUUUGACCCAAAAAUGUUACGUACGGUACAUUACGAUACAUGACGAGAAUUAUACAACAAUAUUUCAACAUGGCGGACAUCAGUGGCGAGAAGUUGCGGAGAAAAAUAAAAGAAAUUUUGAAAGAUGCUGAUCUCUCCACACUUUCUGCAAAAAAAGUGCGCCUUGAACUACAAAAGGCAUUUGAUAUUGAUUUGUCAGAAAGGAAAAAAGAGAUUGACAAGAUGACAAUGACUUUAAUUUUGGAGAUGGAAGAACAAAAGAAAUCAGAGGAAAAAGAAGAUAGUGAGAAGGAAGAGGAUGAAGAACAGAACGGACAAGAUAAAUCUGGGUCUGGCAGUGACCAGGAGGAAGAGCCACCAAAGAAAAAGACCAAGGUAAAAGAAAAACCUGCCAAGAAAAAGGGGAAGAAGAAAAAAGGAGGAGAGGAUGAUGAUGAUGAUGAUGACCUAGCCCCACUGGAAAACGAUGAUCUCAUGGCAUAUGAUGAAGAACAAAAGACAUUGAAACUUUCCGAUGAAGAAUUAGCUAAGAGAUUACAAUCAUUUGAAGAAACGGGUAGAAGAACCAGAGGAAAAGCUACUCCUAAAAGGAAAGAGAAGAAGAAAGGAGGUGGUGGUGGAAACAGUGCUUAUUCUCGACCAUGUUUAUUAUCACCAGAACUAGCUGGAGUUAUGGGCACAGACAAGUUGGCAAGAAAUGAAAUAGUGAAGAAAAUGUGGGAAAUAGUGAAGGAAAGAAAGCUUCAGGACCCUAAAGACAAGAGAUUUAUGAUAUGUGAUGAACAACUACAGAAAGUAUUUGGAAGGAAGCGUGUGAAGACAUUUGGAAUGAUGAAAUAUUUGUCAUCUCAAUUACGAGACGAGAGUUCAUCUUUAGAGGCAGUAAUAACAAACAGUGAUAUAUAUGAUGAUGAAGCUGAUGAUGAUUAGAGGAGAUAUGGUGUGGUCAUUGUGUAACUUGACUCAAAUUAAUGGUGCAAAUCUGACUGUUACAAGUUUGAUAUAAAUAAUAUACAUGUCUGUAUUUUUUUGGAGAAGGAAAAGAAAAA